AUGUACCAAGUAACUACAUACGCAAAUGUACGAAAUUACAAAGAUAGAUUGAGCGAUUCGGGUUUCAGGUUAGAUCCACGAGUUGGCAAAUGGGAAAGACGUUUGCCCAAUGUUAGACCACGAACUCAUCCUGGAACUGCAGUAUUCGAUGGUCAUUUGUAUGCAGGAGGAAAGGAAGCAUCGUCAGUUGAGAGGUACAGCCCUCUCACCAAUGAAUGGAUUGACGUGCCUGCUAUGAAGAGGAACAGGAGAACUGAACGACUAGCUGUCGUCAACGGAAAGCUAUACGCUCUUGAUAUGACGAUAGUCGAAGUUUUCGAUUCUGAGAUGAACAAAUGGAAACAUCACAGCUACUUGAACCAAGGUCGAUGGGCUAGCAGAUGUGGGUGUUCUUCGGGUGCUGCGAUAGUUCCAGCAGCGUCCUAA